CCGUAACAACAAAUCGUGAGUUUUAGGUACCGUAAAUUUCUCUAAUCAAAAGAAGAAAAAAAACAUCUGUAAGAAACCUUUACAAUGACAUCAAAAGUGGUGAAGCUAUAGAAAAAGAUAAUAAGAAGAAGAAGAAAGAGGCAAAGGGCAUGGAAGCCGGUCGUAGAGGAUCAUCUUCAACACCACAAUCACGCAAAAUCAUGGUGAUCGCUGACCCGACCCGUGAAUCUGCAGCCGCUCUUCAAUACGCUCUUUCACACGCCGUGCUCGAGCAAGAUGAGCUCAUCCUCGUCCAUGUCGAAAACAAUGGUGGCUCGUGGAAAAACGCUUUCUCCAGUUUCUUGAGAUUACCAAGCUCCAUAUCUUCCUCCUCCUCAAGCAGCGGGUCCACUCCGGCCGCUGCUAGUGCUAACGCUAACGCUAACAAUGCAAACUCUGCUUCGUCUUUGGCCUCUGAGAUUGGUCAAGGAGAAGGGAAUUUCCUUGAACAGAUGAAACGGAUAUGUGAAAUCGCUCAGCCAAAGGUGCGUGUGCACACCGAGUGUAUAAAUAUGGAAGGCAUCAAAGCUGCAGCUAUUCUCCUUCAUGGUGACAAACUUGGGGUUGAUGUUAUCAUCAUUGGCCAACGCAGGACAAUCUCAUCCUCCCUUCUAGGAUCUAGGCGGCCUGGAGGGUCUCUAAGAGGAUCAAAAGGAGUAGACACAGCAGAAUAUCUAAUCGAGAACAGCAAAUGCACUUGUGUUGGCGUACAGAAGAAAGGUCAAAAUGGAGGCUAUGUUCUAAACACCAAGACCCAUAAGAACUUUUGGCUCUUGGCAUGAUCUUGCGAAUUACUCCUAGUCAGUUUUAUAAUGCCUACAUGUAGAAAAAAUAAA